AUGCGCCAGCCUUCCCGAGCGCCACCAGGGCGCAGCGGGCUGCCGUUCGCCGCCGGGAUGCCUCCUACCGCCACGCGAGGCCGCUGGUGCGGGGUCGCCGACCGUAGCGCGAGGCUGCUCGGACCGACGGCCACGGGCUCAGGAGCCGCACGUGUGGGGGCCUCUGUCCGCGGGGUCCAGCCAGUCGCCGGGCUGGCGUCCGCCGGGAGCCGGGCGCAGGAGGCUGCCUGGCCGCGGGCGCAAGGCCGCGCGGGACCGGGGCGCGGAGGCCGCCUGGCCGCGGGCGCAGGGGCCAGCCGCGGCGCGAGGCCGCCAACUGCCUACAUCGACUGA